AGAUUGUUAUCGUUACAAAGAUGGCCUAUUGAAAGCACAGGUGCUGAUUUGUUGCCACGUUUAUUUUAGAUUGGAGACGACCAUGCCUAGAUAGAAGCGCAUUGUACCAGAUCGAGUAAAACAUCAGACAGAGGAAAGCGCUCCACGCAUGGAAGUGUAGCGCUCCCCGUAUCAUCCAGACUAUUACAUCAAAGCUGCUACACACAGCCACGCAUCCAAAGAUUACCAAUCCUCAUUCGGUCAAGAAAACUUAAAUCACAUAGAAUGCUUAAACGAAAGAAUUUAAAGAAGAAAAAAUGUAGAAAACCCGAGGAGUUUUAUCCGUUAGCAGACAGCAGUCGCGUCCUCUCGGCCCUAGACGAGCGGAUCAAAGACUUCGAGAGCCGGGGGAGGAGCCGCAAGAAGGCCAAGACCCCCAAGCCGAUUUGGAAAAGGGCGUCGUCUACACCGUCCAAAGUCGUCCCCCACUUCCACUGCAGGAGCCAGGAGCAGAUGCAGAACAACAAGAGUGUCCGCUUCAACAACUGCUGCGGCAGGGGCGGGCACCUGGACAUGAGCCCCCCACCCUGCGCUGGCAAGUCGGCCAUGAAGGGCUACCACCAGGGAGACUACAAAUACAAACCCGCCUCCAAAAGUUUCUCCUCCAACAAUUUCUCCGGCGACACGUCCAGCGGUACCAGCAUCUGCUACACGCCCAACUGCUCCUCCUGCAAGCUGUACACCGGCUACUCCAGCGGCAACUCGGCGCCCACCUCCUACAACUUCCAGGCCAACGAUAGUCUCCUGACCUACAAAAACCGCUACAUCAACACAUCUAAAAAUAGCUCUAGCGAUAGAAAUUGGAAGUUUACCCUCAAGCUGGACGAGCUGAUGAACAAGUACAACGAGUUCAGUUGCACCCGACCCAAAGCCUUCACCAGCUCCAUGGACAAGAAGCCAGCCUACGGGGAUUUGUCGUUCAAAUCUAGCGCCCAAGACGUGACCAGGCGGAGGUACACCUCGCCAUACAAGAGCACGGACUACAGCACGCCAAACUUCUCCAAGUACUCGUCCUACUACGGCGACGGCCAGAACAACACCAGCAACUACAACCAAGACAAGUUCCGCUCCGACGCCUUCAGGUCGUUCAACGACAACAAAAGCUACUACAGCAACGAUGUCAGUCUGCCGCCUGCCAAGACGGACUGGAUCUCUGGAACUUCCUACUCCGCUGACACGCAGGACAAAAGCAAGUUAAAGGAGGGGGGUCGGGACUGGAGCCAGAACAAAUACACCCCGUCACUCUACAGUACAGACAAGCUACUCGCCAGUUUUUAUUUGCCCUCCAAGCCGAAGCUGAUGAUGGAUGACCCUAAAAAGUUGACGGACCCGAGCAAAUCUUUUGACUUCGGAUUGGCCAAGUACAAGACAGAGCUGUUCAGUAAGACGAACAUCUUCAGCCCUGCCGUCAACUGCGAUGCCACCGUCAUGUCCACUCUAGCCUCGGACUACCAGAGAAUGGAUUUCUUCAGGAAAACCAUGCAGAGCCAGCGCGAGAAGAACCUAGAGCUGAUGGAGAAGUACGUCUUUGGGAAGCCCCGGAUGGCAGCCAGCAACUACAUGUGCAACACGAACGAGAACCGCAAGAAGUACGAGCAAUACCUGACGGACACCUCGUCCACGGAGAGCAUCAGGAAAAACGACAGCUCGUCCAGACCGUCUGACUGGGGGUCGGGGUGGCUCUCUAGACAGGCGGAGUCCACCGGCAUGAGUACAUAUCACCCGCGUAGUCGGUCUCUCAGCUCACUUCCCGGUGGGGGCACCACGCUGGGGUUUCUAGAUCAACACGGCAGUAACGCCUGGGGCCAGCGCAGUCUCCAUCCCCGGGGGAGUUCACUCGACAGCCUGACCCUCCGGUACGGGAAGAAAUUGGACACCACUCCAAGCUGGACCCUCGGCACCCCCGACAUGAAGUCGCAGCCCACGGGGAACUUCUCUGACAGGCCCGGGACACGGAGUCCCAGUAUGGACCGGGAGACCCUCCGGCAGGGUCAGAACAUACUUGACAAGUUCAGCGACCGCUACAGCUUGCCUGGGACCCAGAGCCCCGCCCGGAGACCCACGGAGCAGAAAUAUUUUAGCUUGGCGGACAUCUCCAAACCUCCCGCCUCAAUAGCAGGCUUGGACUACAAGAGGCCUAGCGUCAAAACCAUCGACCUGGGCAAAACCCAGGCCAUGGACUUCCAGAACAUGUACUGCUUCGAGAGGCCAACCGCGUAUUCCAACAAUUAUUCGGACAAAAAAACGGACACGAAAAGUCCGAUCAGCGAUAUAAAACGCGACUAUGGUUCUACACCGUAUUCGUAUUCCAACAAUUAUUCGGACAAAAAAACGGACACGAAAAGUCCGAUCAGCGAUAUAAAACGCGACUAUAGUUCUACACCGUAUUCGUAUUCCAACAAUUAUUCGGACAAAAGGACGGACACGAAAAGUCCGAUGAGCGAUAUAAAACGCGACUACAUAAGCUCGGGGUACACAUUUUCUAACAGCUACUCGGAUAAAACAUCGGAGCUCAAAUGUCCCCUGGGUGAUGGCAAGCGUGAGUACUCGACCCCCUACCUCCUGCCUGAUUACAAAACCUCCAGGAGCACCAGUUACCCCGCCCCCACCGGCUACCCCGCCCCUACCAGCUACCCCGCCCCCACCAGCGACUACACGUCCUUGACCUUCAAGGACGGCAGCGAGGCUAGGACCUCUGGAGCCGCGGGCACACAGAUGGAGGGUCUGCACAGUAAGCACGCGCUGGGCCUGUGCCUGGACGAUGAGACGAAACGUUUGAUGACCUUGAACUCCAUCAUAUCUAAAACCACAAUGAAACAUGGCCAGGCAGCCUCGUACACUGACCCGCUGUUGAUGUCAGACAAGACCAAAGAAGCGGUCAGCCCAGAUGGAAAGUUGUUCUACAAGUGAAUGGUGUACCGCCAGCUCAAGCAAAUGUUUACAUAAAACUUGUGUCAACU